GUUCGUAAGAUUAAAACCCUCUUUAUAUGUACGCACUAAUUUGUAGAGGUUCUGCAUAAACUUGAGUUUGGAGCCUAGAAGAUCGAUGAGGUGUGGGAUGUGCAAGAGAGCCAAAGAAGAACAGAAAAGAAAUGAUGUGGCAAAAGGAAGACGCACGAGCCAUAAUCCCAUCAACUUAUAACCCCAGAGAUGAUGACAACAGUCUUCUACCCACCAUGACGUGCCCUUCAUGUGGCCACAGCGUCCCAAUGUUCUAUCAGAGAGGGAUUGUUCAUGCUUUGGUGGGACUACCACCGGGAGUCAAGUUUGAUCCGACGGACCUAGAAAUUCUGGAGCAUUUGGAAGCGAAAAUAAUGGGGGAUGUCAGGAAGAUUCAUUUUCUCAUUGAUCAAUUUAUUCCCACGUUGGAAGGAGAUGAUGGCAUUUGUUGUACACACCCAGAGAGACUUCCUGGAAUAAGCAAAGAUGGACAAAUCCGCCACUUCUUCCACCGGCCUUCGAAGGCAUAUGCUACCGGGACUAGGAAACGGCGCAGAGUGCACAAAAACGCUGAUGAGAGUGAGACGAGGUGGCACAAGACGGGCAAGACAAGGUCGGUCCUCGCAGGCAGAGUGGUGAUAGGAUUCAAGAAGAUACUUGUGCUUUACAACAAUUAUGGGAGGCAAAGGAAGCCUGAGAAGACCAACUGGGUGAUGCACCAGUACCACCUCGGCAAAAGCGAAGAGGAGAGAGAUGGAGAGCUGGUCGUGUCCAAAGUGUUCUACCAAACGCAGCCUAGACAACCCAGUUCGACGAACUUCAAAUAUCCAAAGGACACGAUGCCGAAGAGUGCUCAAAGCUGGAAUGAGAAUGAUCAUGUAUCAAGGAGCUCUAUUAACUUGAUUGGGUAUUAUAGUAACCCCUUUGUGGUGGGUCUUACGACCAGCUAGAUAUUCCUAGCUUCGCCGUUCAUGGCGAGGCUGCUUCUUUGGUUCCGCUAACAGAAGAUUUGAACAAGGGGAGGCUUGUAAAAUCUUAAUAGAUGAAUUGGGGUGAUAGUUUUUUUAUGUGGGGCACCAAAAUCCGUAGCAUUAUUAGUUGGGGGAGUGUUGUUGUGUAGCUUAGCAAUGAGUGUUUAGGUGUUUUUCCUUUUUUCGGUCGAAGAGUGAUUAGGUGUUUGAUUGAGGAUAAUAUGAACAGUGGGAAAUUAUAGCUCCGUUUUCCAGGAAGUUGGAAAAUUUUCGAUUUUUAGAAGGAUGGAAACCAAGGCAAGGAAGAUUUCAGGCCUAUUUGUUUGAGCUAACAUACAAUCAAUGAGGUAUUUUGUUGGUUUGUUUACGGGGACUUCUAAGGCACCAUG